AUGUUUGAAGCUUACAUGAAUAUACAAGGAAGGUGGGUUUUGUUCAAAAGUUUAUCAUACAAGGAACGUAUUGCAGAGGCAAGAGAUUUGUUGCACGCUCUUCUCAAAGAGGAGGCAUUGCGAGAUGCUGCUCUUCUUGUGUUUGCAAACAAGAAUGAUUUUCCCAAUGCAAUGAGUGUUUUAGAGAUCACAGAGGAGCUUGAAAUGUCUUCUUUAACUCAACGCCAUUGGCAUGUUCAGAGCUCCUGUGCUACUUCUGGUGAUGGUCUCUAUGAAGGCUUGGAUUGGCUUUCUAAUAAUGUAUACAAUGUGGAGGCUGUAAGUUCCAGUGAAGAUAUUUCUGCCAUAGAUCCACCAUUUAAUGGUACUGAUUCGUUUUGUAACAGCAGAAAUAUUUAA